AUGUCGGAACCAAAGGGAGGAUUAUUAGACCAAAUAUUGUUAGAGGACAUUGCACGAUAUUGCCCACAGCAAUUCCUCGCAUUUCAUCAAUGCAUGUCUUCUCCACAAUCGCAAACUGACCCAGAGGCAUGUCUAGCACAACAACUUGAGUUGACCAAAUGUAUCAAAUUUGUGGUUCCAUCUUUCCAAAAAAUCCAGACACAAUGUGCAGGUAAAUUGCAAUCCUACGAAGCAUGUUUAAAGAUGAACAAGAGUGACGCGCUGAAAUGUACGCAUGAAUUGGAAGGGUUGCGAAAUUGUGCUUUCGGAUCUGUAAAGAAAUAG